AUGCACAUGAACCUCCGAAAGACCAUCCGCCUGCCUCAGCGCUUCAGCCCAGACCAUCUGUAUGGCCCCAGGUCUCGGAAACUACGCGGCGAUGACACAGAAAGGCCGCCGUUAGUUGAAUACAACCCGAACCUACCCCCCGCCGCAUUCCCGACGCUCGAUACGCCACGGACUUCUAGACAGGACCACAACACUCAGCAGGAAGGCAGCGACGAGGACAGGCACAAUGGACCCAUUCGAAGGAACAUCAGGAGGAGCCUGGACGACCUCUGCAGACUGACGAACCCCGAAAGCGAGCGAGAUACGUCCCCGAAUGCCCAUGUGGAAGAUAUACCGCCGGACCAGCUUGACAACCACAUGGCAAGCAAUGGGGACCUCAAUCCCGUCUGGGUGAGCAACAUGGCGAGCAUGGCCGCUGCGGAUCAGGAUGCUGCUGGUGGUAUGGACAUGGAGGAUACUGAUCUGGAGAGUAUGGUGACCGGCAAAACUCAGACUCCUCCAACAGCACUUCUAGAUCCCAUCUGGUCCGACCUCUCAUACCGAAUGAAAGCCGAGAUAUUUCAGAACCUCUUAGAGCGCUUCAGCUACCCUGCCGUGUGCCGUAUGCUCGGCCUGACAACCGCCGAGCGCGAUGCCAUCGAAGAUACUUUGAGCGACCGCCGGAGCCAAGAAGAGUCGGAAAACAAGCAUCUGGAUGCAAUGCGGGAAAAGCAACUAAAUGACCUAGCGAGGAUAGACAACAGUUUCAGGAACCAAAGCCGAUCUUAUCAGCUUGCCUUCCGGAAGGUUUCUCGUCAGACGUUCCGCGGGUUGAGAGAAUACAUCGAGCCGGAGGUAGACUUCUUUGCCUGCGGACGGGCCGAGCUCAAGAUCGCGCAGACUUUCCUGCGCAAACGAGGAAUCGAGGCCAAGUUUGCGGGGACUUGGGGGAACGACAUUGCCUUUAUUCGGACUCUAGAGACCGAGACGCCUUUUGGAAUGUUUGGCUUGGAUGGAGCUCCCGGUCCUAAUAUCGUUCCCUUCGAGUCCAACGAAGCGCAACCUUCAACGUCCCCCACAACUCCUAACUCACAACCAGAAACACCCCAUGCCUUCAAGGAUGCAUACUCAAACUGGCUCGGAGACUCACCGACUAGCGACUCACCUCGACCCAUCCGCCACAACCGCGACUCCGUCACGGCUAGGAGAUGGCUCGAACAGUACAACGAAACAGUCGAUAAGGAAAUGCAUCACGGCGCGGAAUCACGAAGACAGCUACCUGAAAACUCUGUGCGUCAAGACCGGCAAUCGCUUUUGCCUGGGAGCUCGUCUGCUAGGAUGUCGAACCCGCGCGACGGCCACCCAGGAGAACUAGCCCUAAAUAGCAGGCUGCAGCACCAACAACAGCGGCCGCAGCAGAACAACCAGAUCAACAGUCCACAGAGACCAGAUCCAGGUCUUCAAGUCCCAGCAGCCCCAAUACCUGCAACGAAUGACCAAGAUACGCAUAGCUCGCGCCUCUUUCAUACCCCGCGAUUAGACGGCGAUCUGGAGAUGCAUGAGUAUCAUGAUCCUGAUGAGACCGAGGAUGAGUUUAUGCAUUGGGACGAAAUGACGAUUUUCCCGAACUGA